CGGUGGUGGUGGCGGCGGUACUAGUGAUUGCCUACAACAAAGAGGCACCGGUGGUGGUGCUGGUAGUAGUAGUCUACCGUCACCGCCCACACGACAUAUGACCAGCGAUAGGGACAUGGAUUUACCCGCCGAUCGGCAAUUAAAUACUGAAAUGUAUGGCCAAUCUAGUAGUUCAAUGGCCACCAUUACCAACGGCAACGGCGGUGGCAUCGGUGGCCAAGAUUUACACUCGCGGGCACUGUUGCGGGCCGUUGUCGGCUAUCUCGGGACAGUCGAUACGCCCGCCGACAGUCAUCUCGAUUCGACGAUUGUUACCGAUUGUCUGAGACUGAUGGGCGUCACCGAUACGGCCGCCAGCUUAGCCGCCGCCGCCACCGCCCCCCAUUCGCCUAUGCAGACAACCAUAUUGUUGGCCAUAUAUCAGGAUUGUAUCCAAUUGGUGGACAUAAUGGGCCGAUCGGUGGCCAAGUUUGGCGCCGAUAGUCUGAAAUGGUGCGGCAUUUGUUCGGAUAAUAGAAAAUAUUUUGCAAUCAUUAUGUCAUCAAAUACUACAUCAAUUCAAAACCAUAAUAAUAAUAAUAAUAAUAAUAAUUGUUAUUCAUGUCAUGUAUUUCAUACAAAUCUAUCGACACAUGAAACCCAUUACAAGAUAGCGCACAACUUUGGCAUCAAAUGCACAUUAGAUCCCAUUAGUACUCAUUGUCUUGAAUUUCCAGAGAGUUCCGAUUCAAUACUACGAAUGAUUGUCGGUCUCUAUCGGCAAACAGUCGGCUGCGCGCCGCUCGCAUUGACCACCAAUGUCAGCGCCAGCAGUACUAUGAACAGCGGCAGCAACAGUGACAGCGGUAUUACCGAAGAAAAUAGCCGAUCACCUGAUACGGCUGCCAACAACAAUAAUCUUCAUUUACAUCAUAAUCAUCGCCAUAACCAUCAACAACAACAACAUCAUAACCAUCAUCAGCAUCCACCACAACAUCAUCAACAUAUCGGUCGCAAUAAGUCAUAUAAUAGCCAACGACUAGAUGGACAGCUCGACGCGGCUAACGUUCGGCAAACUGUUAGCAAAUAUCUGAGUUUGACUGGUAUUGGCCAUCACCAGCACCCGAACGCUGCAACACAACAACAACAACACGGAUUAGAAACGGAAUCGAGUCUUAAUAAUAAUGAUGACAAUAAUGGCAUUAAUGGCAAUACAAACGAUAAGAAUAGUCAUCCAUUACCGCCAGUGCCUACCGAAUCAUCGGCAGCGUCGGCCAGCGAUACGACUACUAUUGUUUCAUCGAAAAGCGCUACCGAUUGGUCAAAACCGGCCACACUGUCCAAAGAGAAUCUCGAACUGAACAAUGAGAUUACAUCCUCUGGUUGUUGUUAUCAUCUAUUAGAUGCUAAGUUGUCGUCGUCGAUGAGCUUAGAAGGUAUAGCUCCGAUGUCCGAUACGGUGUCGGCUGCCAGCGCUAGUGUAGUAUCCGAACGACCCGUCGAUGUCGGUUGGGUUGGCGGUUGGGCUCAACAUUUCGAAAAACUAUUGAACGAUUGUGUAGGCGUUCGGGCGUUCACUGAAUUUCUGAAAAAAGAGUACAGCUAUGAAAACCUACAGUUUUGGUUGUCGUGUCAAAAGUACAAACAGUUAGCGACGACGGCGGUUACCGACAACAACGACCCGACUGAACAACUAAAACUUGAAGCUAAACUGAUAUACGAUCAGCAUCUGGCCAGCGGUGCACCCGAACCGGUCAACAUUGAUGGCCGAUCGCGGCUUAUUGUCGAAUCAACAUUGGACGACCCGACGCCGAAUCUGUUCGAAACGGCUGAGAAACAGAUCUACAGUCUGAUGAAGUUUGACUGUUAUCAGCGGUUCCUGAAAUCGGAUAUUUUCAAAGAGUGUGUAGCACUGGAACUACAGGGCAAACCGUUACCCUACGAGACGACCAGCGGUGGUAACUUCAACGCUGCGCAACUGAAUACUAUUAAACCGAAAAAGCGGUCAUUCAUACCGUGGCAUCGAAUCCGUACGUCGAAAGCCGAAAAACAAAUGCUAAAACAGGCAAACGCUAAGCACACGUACAUCAGGUGCAAGUCUACCGAACCGAUUGCCAGCAACAAGUCGUCCGAUUUUACUGGUUCGCAGUCAUCGCUGACCACCGCUACCAGUGAUCGUACAAACGGCGGCGGUUGCGGUGGUGAUGGUAGCGGUGGCCGACAAAACAUGGCUUUUAUGUCGAAAUCCAAUGAAUCGUUGAAUAAAUUAGCGUCAAUACCACCACUACAGCCGACACCGACAACAACAACAACAACAACAAUCAGCUCACACUCGACAAACAGCAGCAACGGUGGACACAAUUGCCAUCACAACUGUACCAACAAUGACUGUCAUCUAUUGUGUGUUAUACUACCCGAUCGGUCGCAAUCGUUUGUGCCAGUGGUCGACGGCCAGACUGUCGGCCAAAUGGUCGACAAUUUACUAGAAAAACGCGGACUAAACUAUACGGCUUUCGAUGCGUUUAUAACUACAUGCGAUAAAGCACUGGACCCGAAUGUCCAGUUGUCGACACUCGGCUGCAAUGAACUACGAGUUGAACAGCGAGUACUGUUUCAAAUUGAUUUUCCUAAUCGCGAGAUAAUUGGCAUCAAAUCGCGUACAUCCAAGUCUAGCGGCGAUGUUUUCGGUCCACUUUUGGCCAAAUAUGGCUACAAAUUGGAACACAUUGUCCUACAAAUUGCCAACUCAUCGCAAACAGUUACCAACGAUAUGCCUAUUACUAGAUUGGAUAACCAGCGGGUGAUUGUCAGCAUCAGCGACGAUCUGGAAGAGUGGGGCUGGGAUUGUGCAUCCAGUCGGCUGCCGGUUGCCGUCGCCGGGGAGUCCAGAGGAGGUGUAGGUGCGGGUACUCCGCAACUGCAGCGACCGCCGCCGCUGCCGCCCAUACGUGUCUUAAGUGACUCGUUAUUGGAAAAAUCUAUGGACGACGACGACGACAACGAUGGCGAUGACUGCUCUUCUAAUCAUAACAACAAUGCUGAUGAAAAAGAGAACCUACCGGUGCUGAUGCUAACACCAGCACCACUGCCACAGCAGGCGUUGCCCAAUACUCCUGCAGACAGCAGUCGACAGAUGAUUACCGCCGCCGCCAAUAACCCGUCGGUGACGGCAAACAUUAGCUUCAGCGACGACACUAAAUCGGAACAAUUUUUUCGUGACCUACUACUGGCCGCACAGCAUAUGCCCGUCCAAUCGCCGUUAAAAUCUAGUGCCAAAUGUCAAGUGCCUAACAUUGCCGCCGCCCCUAACCAUAGGUUAUCAUCAGUCAAUACAAAGUGUCUAAACAGCAAUAAUUAUGGCAACACUGCUAUUGAUCCGAACAACAUCGCCGAAUCAAUGGCCACUUCUUGCGAGUCACCUUCGGUGACCUAUAGCCGUCACCAAACAGCUACCGCUGAUCGACCGCUACCACUGCCGCCGCCGCAUAUUAUCAACGACAUUGAUCUGGACGCCACUCUACGUAGUAUUCAAUUGUAUCAUAAUUUGCGCCAAAACUCGGACAAAACGCACAGCCAUUCACAACAAAUGACCGGUUCGUCGCCAAUCGAUUGCCGAUUGAAUACAUCGGUACCAAACUUUACGCCGCCUCAACCGCCCGUACGGACAACCAUAAUGCCAGCAGCGAUGACCAAACACUAUAAACCUAUUUCCGGCGGCGGCGGCGGCGGCUUACAAUUGGCGCCUCCGUUGCCGCCCAAACCCAGCGAUAUUGUCCGGGGAGAACGGGGACCGCCGCCACCCAGACCUCCCAGUUCACGGCAAAGCAUCUAUACUGUGGUGGCAAACAAUGGUGGCGUCGGUACCGCCGCCGCCCCCGCCAACAACAUGAGUACACUAAUUAAAAAUUUGGACAAAACUAUUGAAUCAAAUGUGAUUUUUGUUUGAAAUUUUGUUUGUAUUCACAAAAAUAUAUAUAUAAUUAUUAUUAUUGUUUGA